UGUGUGUCGUGAACAUUUUUUGGAGCCUCUGGAAAAAAAAAGGAAAGAAGAAAAAAGUGGGACUGUGAAGUGACAGAAAUGAUGUGAUGGAGAGCCAAGAGGCGGCACCGAGCGUUUGAUAUGCCUGAUUUUGGGGCCAGUAUGCCGGCGUUUUUUUCAAAUCCGUGCACCGUGAGAUUUUGUCGAAUAACGGGAGACCUGCACAGCUGCUGCCGGUAUGUGAGCGACUUCACACACUGAAGGUAAUAACAUUAAUAAAAAAAACCCGGCUCUGGUGUUUGCUCUUGAAUUUCUGUUUCCUCUCCCUCUCUUUUUCUCUUGCAUCAAUUUGAUGCUGCGUGAGGCUGCUGGGCGAUGAUGCAUCGGUGGGGUUUGACUGUGUGAAUUCGCAUCUUAUCAAGUCUAUUCACCCUGCUCGGACUUCGGCAAUGUAAAUUCGAGCAAUCAAACCAGUUUUUUAUUCUUGCUGACCCACCUUGCGACAAAAGAAAGAAUAUGCCUUAUUUCGACGCGAGGUGUGAGGAUGCCUGUAGCUGUGAUUGUGUCAUUGCUGCGGCACACUCCGGAGCUCCUCGGCUCAAGACAGACACAACUAACCUCAGCUGAAGAGAAGACAGCGAGCUAUCAAGUGCUUUACCACCCCGACGUAAGCCAUACGAGCCCCGUGCAUGUAUGUGGGAGAAGGCCGAGCUGCUGCUGCUGCUGCUGACACUCUCCAGGGAGGCUUCUGUUGCUCUGAGGUUUUGGGGCUUCCCAAGAACUGCCACAUCCCCAAAUCCGUUUGAGGACUGCUGAGAGCUUACAAGCUUCCUGAUGCUUUUUGGAGGGCAGCCCUGAUGCAUCUUGUGAGCGUGAAAACUCAGAGAGCCCUUUUGCCAGGUUUGCAUCACCACCAGACAGGAGACAGAGCAGACGGUAACUCUGUGUGUGUCAUGUUAGAGGCUGGACUCUCGCCUGCUCCCUCCUGCUCUCAGCCAAAAUCUCUGACCUGCCCUGUCUGAGGCCCUUUUUGUGUACGAGCAUCACUUGCUUCAACAAGCCAGAACAGCACAACGGGAAACAGUGGCAAGCAGCACCAACAGUUUGCAGACAUUACUGUUUGUGUGACCCCCCCAACAUCCCUCUAUCAAAAUAAGAGCCCCCGGAAACCAGGGUCAGGAUGCAGGUGUCUUUCGCCUGCACCGAGCACAACCUCAAGAGUCGCAGUGAGGACCGGCUUUGUGGCCUUCGCACUGCUCCACCUCCUGGAGGAAGCAGUGGAGGAGUAGGGGGAGGCGGUGGAGGAGGAGGAGGUGGUGGUGGUGGUAGUGGAGGAGGAGGAGGCGGAGGUGGUAGUGGAGGAGGAGGUAGUGGACAAGGGAGUAAUGGCAACUACAUGUCCCAAGGCUCGGUCAAGACCAGGGAGGGUCCCGGGUCCCGGCAGACUCCACAGGGCCAUGCCCACAUGAAGGAGGCCAUCGGGCGCCACACCAGUAUGAAGUACAGGAACCUGGGGAAAUCAGGCCUACGUGUUUCCUGCCUCGGGUUAGGCACCUGGGUGACAUUUGGAUCACAGAUCUCUGAUGAGAUGGCAGAGAACUUGAUGGCCAUAGCUUAUGAGAACGGAGUGAACCUGUUUGACACAGCAGAGGUGUACGCCUCUGGAAGGGCGGAAAUCACUCUAGGGAACAUCAUCAAGAAGAAAGGAUGGAGGCGUUCAAGUUUUGUCAUCACAACGAAAAUCUACUGGGGAGGCCAAGCGGAGACAGAGCGAGGACUCUCCAGAAAGCACAUUAUUGAAGGUUUAAGAGGAUCCUUAUCAAGACUCCAGCUAGAUUAUGUGGACAUCGUUUUUGCCAACAGAAACGAUGUUAACAGCCCGAUGGAAGAGAUUGUACGGGCCAUGACGUUUGUAAUAAACCAGGGCAUGGCCAUGUACUGGGGAACAUCACGCUGGAGUGCCAUGGAAAUCAUGGAGGCGUACUCAGUGGCACGCCAGUUCAACCUGAUCCCGCCUGUGUGUGAGCAGGCAGAGUAUCACUAUUUCCAGAGGGAUAAAGUGGAGGUGCAGCUUCCUGAGCUCUACCACAAGAUCGGCGUUGGAGCAAUGACCUGGUCUCCACUUGCUUGUGGAUUAAUCACAGGGAAGUACAGUGAUGGUGUACCAGAGUGCUCCAGAGCAGCAAUGAAGGGAUACCAGUGGCUAAAGGAGCGAGUGAACAGCGAGGAGGGCCGCAGGCAGCUCGCUAAAAUCAAGGAGCUCCAUCUACUGGCAGACAGACUGGGCUGCACUGCUGCACAGUUAGCCAUAGCCUGGUGUCUGCGCAGUGAGGGAGUCAGCUCAGUACUUCUGGGUGUUUCUAAUACAGACCAGCUACUUGAGAACCUGGGUGCCCUACGGAUUUUAUCCCAAAUGACCCCUCAAACCAUUACCGAGAUUGAUGCCCUGCUGGGAAACAAGCCACACUCCAAGAAAGAGCUGCGCGCCUGAAGAUGCAAAUCUGAGUGACAGAUGAUGUUUCGAGAAGACAAAGAAGACAAUGACAUUGGGAAACAUCGCUUUUUGCUCUGCUGUAUACUCAACAACUUGCAUGUCCUUGGCAACAUUAUGCUUCCAGUAUGUGCGCAUAUCCAUUUUGCGCAAUACAUUGUAUCAUGUAUGAAAAAAAAAGAAGAUCUCUCAAUCGUGAAAAAAAACAAAAACAGGUCAUAUAUUGCUCACUGCCGAUUGUUCACAGACUAAUUAUUUCCACAGAGGGGGAGGAUGGUUGGAGCAACAGGUCUCUGCCAUCCAAAGAGACUGAGAGAUGUGAAAAGAUAUUCAACUAUUGUCAAAGCAGAUUUGACUCUCGUUAAUCAGAUGUUCUAAAGCGGGGGGAAAAAACACACACCUCUGUGCUAAAAUGCAACUUUAAAGCGUGAAUGGUGCUUUCAUUGGACAUCAGAGUCUCCUCCCCUCGCAGCUGCCUGUUAUUCUGUAUGAUGUUUAGUACCCAGCAGCCAGAGAGCCAAAGGUUAGUACUCAUGUGUCUAGCCUAACAUUCCCCAUAAUGUGCAUGUGACUGGUCUGCCACGCUCACUGCUUUACAGGGUUGGGAACAAAGGAUUACUUGUUAAGUCAUUACAGUGAAAAAAAAAGCCUAAUCCAGUCUGGUAUAACUUGAAAAAAACAGCAGAGCACAUGCUUUUAAAAAAAAUAGGCGAAUUGAUGUAUUACUUUGAAAGUAAAUAUUGUGAAUAUUUUUAAAUAUAUUGAAGUUGUGACUGAUUUGAGCACAAACUACUUGAUCUAAAUUAAAAUGAAUGAUACUGCAACAUUAGCUAAUAGACUGGUUUUUGAAUUAGAGUGGAUUAUAUCUCAUUAUUACAAUCUGAAAUUGGCAAUCAGGAAUCAGUAGUGGGUAAGAUUUUGAAAGUAACUUUCCCAACCCUGCUGCUUUCUCAGCAGUCUUUUUGCCUCUUCUGUUUGUAAACUGUGCGCAUGUCCCUUUAAGAGAGAAUAGCCCUAUCGGGGUGUAAAUGUGGCAUGGCUUUUAUGGCUUAUGUAGAUUUGCAGUGCCCUUGUAAGCCAUUUUUUUACUCUAAAUGGUCUGGCAGUCUGAUCCAGGAUCCGUGCUGGCGGGCACUCUUGCUUUAAACAGACUCUCUGCAGUCUGCAGACACGGCUGUGUGUCCAUCCGGCGUAUAAUCUUUGUAUUGUCCUAAACUGUAUCAAAAGAUGUUGACAGCACUCUCUCUCGACGAUGCCGUUCUUGUGAAGAGCAUCAUUGUUUCUAGAUCAGAGGUCUGAGACAGUCGGACUAUGUGGAAAGGUCACUGAGCAUCUGACACAAGGAUUUGGACACACUGUGGUGAACUAGUAGUUUUCAAAUGAUAGGACAUAAAUGAUUAGUCUGAGUUUAUCAAAUGUGAUAUGACUCUUGCCACAGGUCACUUGGGGUAAGAUUUAGCAAAUGUAACUUCUUUUUUUUUGUGGAAGCCUAAAAAUAUAGCUUCUCUGCUCAUUUCUCUGGG